CGAUUUCCACACAAGUCAAAAAACGCGCCGCCGCAGGAGAUCACUACCUCCUCCCGUCUGACGAACAGAGCAGAAGAAGGCAAGAAGGUCGGCAAGAUCGUCCCCGGGGAGGAAUCGAGCUUGGCAUUUGAUCGGGGAGGAAUCGAGCUUGGCAUUUGAUCGGGGAGGUGCUUAUCGAGAUUUUCGUCUCAUCUCAACGGAACAAUUCUGUCAGAAUUAAGCUAUUUCGUGAUGGAUCUGUGGCGUUUGGUUAUCGAUUCCAAACCAUAGUUAGUCUACCCAAGUUUGAGAAUGAACAUUUAGAGAAGUCUUUGCUUCCCGGCAAAAACGAUGAAGCGCUUCGUCUAUAUUAAUGAUGAUGAAGCUUCAAAAGAGCUUUACUGUGACAACCGUAUAUCUAACAGAAAGUAUACUCUUUGGAACUUUCUUCCAAAGAACUUAUGGGAGCAAUUCAGCCGGUUUAUGAACCAAUAUUUCUUGUUGAUAGCAUGCCUUCAGCUAUGGUCCCUUAUCACUCCUGUAAAUCCGGCCAGUACAUGGGGUCCUCUAAUUUUCAUAUUUGCUGUCUCUGCCUCCAAAGAAGCUUGGGAUGAUUACAAUAGGUAUCUCUCUGAUAAGAAAGCAAACGAGAAAGAAGUUUGGGUUGUUAGACGAGGCGUCAAGAAACAUAUCCAGGCACAGGAUAUUCAGGUGGGUAAUAUCGUAUGGCUGCGUGAGAAUGAUGAAGUCCCCUGUGAUCUAGUUUUGCUUGGCACUUCUGAUUCUCAAGGUGUUUGCUAUGUGGAGACUGCUGCUUUAGAUGGUGAAACUGAUCUGAAGACAAGAAUCAUACCUUCAGCUUGCACGGGAAUUGAUUUAGAAUUGUUACACAAAAUCAAAGGUGUGAUUGAAUGUCCUAAACCGGAUAAGGAUAUUCGAAGGUUUGAUGCAAACGUGCGGUUGUUCCCGCCAUUCAUUGACAAUGAUGUCUGCCCCCUAACCAUUAAAAAUACCCUACUUCAGUCCUGUUACUUGAGAAAUACGGAGUGGGCUUGUGGAGUGGCUAUCUAUACAGGCAACGAAACUAAGCUUGGAAUGAGUAGGGGUAUACCUGAGCCAAAGCUUACUGCUGUGGAUGCAAUGAUUGACAAAUUGACUGGAGCAAUAUUCGUGUUCCAAAUCGUGGUUGUUAUGGUCCUAGGUGUAGCUGGGAAUGUAUGGAAAGACACAGAAGCAAGAAAGCAAUGGUAUGUGCGUUAUCCAGAGGAAGCUCCGUGGUAUGAACUGUUGGUUAUUCCACUGCGGUUUGAGCUUCUAUGCUCCAUCAUGAUACCCAUCUCUAUUAAGGUUUCUCUGGAUCUUGUAAAGGGUCUAUAUGCAAAGUUUAUUGAUUGGGAUGAGGAAAUGAUGGAUCAAGAUACCGGUACACCAUCCCAUGCAGCAAACACAGCAAUAAGCGAGGAUCUUGGGCAAGUCGAGUACAUUCUGACGGACAAAACCGGAACCCUUACAGACAACAGAAUGAUUUUUAGAAGAUGUUGUAUCAGUGGCAUAUUUUACGGAAAUGAGAAUGGAGAUGCUUUGAAAGAUAGACAAUUGCUUAAUGCUGUUGCCAGUGGAGCUCCUGAUGUCACCCGGUUUCUUACAGUUAUGGCCAUUUGCAAUACAGUAAUACCUGUGCAGAGCAAAGCUGGAGAUAUUCUAUACAAGGCUCAGUCUCAGGAUGAGGAUGCUCUUGUAAAUGCUGCUGCGAAGUUGCAUAUGGUCUUUGUCAGCAAGAAUGCCAAUCAGCUUGAGAUCAGGUUUAAUGGUUUGAUACUUCGUUAUGAGGUUCUAGAAACUCUUGAAUUUACUUCGGACAGGAAAAGAAUGUCAGUUGUGGUGAAAGAUUGCCAAACUGGGAAAAUUAUUCUUUUGUCAAAAGGGGCAGAUGAAGCAAUUCUUCCCUACGCAUGUGCUGGUCAGCAAACUCGAACAAUUGGGGAAGCUGUAGAACAAUAUGCUCAGCUGGGUCUUCGAACAUUGUGCUUGGCUUGGCGGGAACUGAAAGAAGAUGAAUAUGUUGAGUGGUCUGUGAUGUUUAAAGAGGCUAAUAGUGUUCUGGUUGAUAGAGAGUGGAGAGUUGCUGAGGUAUGUCAAAGGUUAGAAUAUGAUCUUCAAGUUCUGGGUGUCACUGCAAUAGAAGAUCGCUUACAGGAUGGUGUACCAGAAACAAUCGAGACGCUUAGAAAAGCAGGGAUAAACUUUUGGAUGCUGACAGGAGAUAAGCAGAAUACAGCCAUACAGAUUGCUCUGUCGUGCAAUUUUAUCUCCCCAGAACCGAAAGGUCAGCUUCUGUUGAUUGAUGGUAAAACUGAAGAAGAAGUUUGUCGAAGUUUAGAAAGGGUUCUGCUUACGAUGAGAAUUACAACUUCAGAACCUAAGGACGUUGCAUUUGUCAUCGACGGAUGGGCUCUAGAAAUUGCACUGAAGUACCAUCGCAAGGAUUUUGUUGAAUUAGCUAUACUUUCGAGGACAGCUAUCUGUUGUCGUGUCACGCCUUCACAAAAAGCACAGCUAGUUGAAAUCUUAAAAUCAUGCGACUAUCGAACACUUGCAAUUGGUGAUGGUGGGAAUGAUGUGAGAAUGAUACAGCAAGCUGACAUUGGGGUCGGCAUCAGCGGAAGAGAGGGAUUGCAGGCAGCUAGAGCUGCAGAUUAUAGCAUCGGAAGAUUCAGGUUUCUGAAGAGACUGAUUCUUGUUCAUGGGCGGUAUUCAUAUAACCGGACAGCAUUUUUGUCACAGUAUUCCUUUUACAAAUCUUUGUUGAUAUGCUUCAUCCAGAUUUUCUUUUCAUUCAUUUCCGGCGUUUCUGGAACCAGUCUUUUCAACUCUGUUAGCUUGAUGGCUUACAACGUCUUCUACACUAGUAUUCCCGUCCUUGUCAGUGUUCUUGACAAAGAUCUUAGUGAGGCAACAGUAAUGCAGCACCCUCAAAUUUUGUUCUACUGCCAAGCUGGAAGGCUCCUUAAUCCAAGCACGUUUGCGGGUUGGUUUGGCCGAUCUCUAUUUCAUGCAAUCGUUGUAUUUGCAAUCAGCAUUCAUGCAUAUGCCUAUGAGAAAAGUGAAAUGGAGGAGCUUGGAAUGGUGGCUCUCUCUGGAUGUAUAUGGUUGCAGGCCUUUGUCGUGGCUCUAGAGACCAAUUCCUUUACGGUGUUGCAACACAUGGCAAUUUGGGGAAAUCUGGUUGUUUUCUAUGGAAUCAACUGGCUCUUCAGUGCCAUACCAUCAUCCGGGAUGUACACCAUCAUGUUCCGCCUCUGUUCUCAGCCUUCUUACUGGAUAACGAUGUUCCUUAUAGUUGGAGCAGGCAUGGGCCCGAUUCUAGCAUUGAAGUACUUCCGGUACACAUACAGACCGAGCAAGAUCAAUAUACUCCAGCAAGCUGAACGGAUGGGCGGGCCGAUAAUGACGCUCGGGAACAUUGAACCCCAGCAACGGUCUAUAGAGAAGGAGGUCUCGCCAUUAUCCAUCGCUCUGCCGAAGAACAGAAACCCGGUUUACGAGCCUCUGUUAUCAGAUUCACCAAAUGCAACGAGACGUUCAUUUGGUCCCGGAACUCCGCUCGAGUUUUUUCAGUCCCAGUCCAGAUCAUCUUCCAGCUACUCGAGAAACUGCAAAGACAACUAAAAAGAGUAUAAUUUCCGCCGGUAGGUUGUUGCUGCAAGUGUGAAAUUUCCAUUACUCGGUUUAUAUCAGACUACGUCCAUUUGGCUCUGAAAACCCAUCUGGGUUCUCCCAUUCCCACAGCUUGGCUUCCUCCAGGAAGCUGCAACCACAAGUAAGAUCUAUGGCUUCCCCAGUAAAUUAUGUCAACCUCGGUUUCUUUUUUUUUUUUUUUGGUUGGUUCUGUUAGGGUAUGAAAACGUCGAUCAUUUCAAUGAGAAGCAUACAUUAAUUGGAUCUGCAUGAGGGGAACAAGGAUAUUUGCUUCCAUAUAGUGUAUUAAGAGUUAGAAUGUCAUGACUUUCGGAUCAAUUUUCAGACAUGUUAUAGCUCCA